GAACGCUCACUCAUUCGUUCCGCGGCCGCUUCUUCAGCACAGGCACGGCGAUCUGUCCCACGGCGGCGAUGGCGCUCUCCUCCUCCAGGCCACACCACCUCCUCCGCCGCUUCCACGCUUCCGCGCGGGCUCUGUCGCGGGUGGAACCGCACGAGUUCUCGCAGCCCAGCGACUACCUCGGGAGCUGGGCGGAGCGCGCCCCCGCCACGGUCGCCGCGGGCGGCGGCGACACACGGGAGGCUUGGGCACGGCUGGAGCGCCUGCGCAAGGGGUACGCGCGCGAGGUUGGGGAGCUACGGCGUCAGUACGCCUACGAGGCGCAACUGCUGGAGGCCGAGCGGCAGCGCAAGGCGGAGGCACGUGCCGAGGCCGCCCGCCUCGCCAACGAGGAGCGCAAAGCCGCCAAGGCUGCCGCCGCGCAGACCAGGGCGGCCGAGCGCCGCGCCUUCGAGCUCGAUUUCCGCCAGGCCCUCAUGAAAGAAAGAGCUCAGAAGCUGGAGAGCUGGAGGAACAAGGAGAAGCUGAAAGCACAGAAGAAGGCGGAGCACAGGGAGCUCUUGCGCAGGCAGAGUUCUGUCUGGGUUGCUGAGGAUAAAAUGGAAAAGAAAAUUCUUGAGGCUAUCAUGCAUACCACCCCUCUCUGAGGUUCAUGCUGUGAGGUCUGCAGGAAACUAGAUGAUGUAUCCUGGACAGUACAAAUGAAGCUUGUUUGCUAUUCCCUCUUAAGAACUACUAUUUCGCAGUUGUCUAAGGAAUAACGACAUUUCUUCUAGCCUUAAGUUUUUUUGUUUCUGAAGCUGUGUUGUAAUGUUCAGUUGUUAGACUGGACGAACAUCGAGCUGGCGUUGUGUUUCGGAAUUUAAUUUUCUUCAUAGAAA